AUGGGCGAGUGGAAACAAGGCUUGUUCGGCUGUUUCGGCAACUGCGGUAUCUGCAUCGUGUCGUACUUCCUGCCGUGCUACGCUCACGGCAAGACGGCAGAGGCUGUUGGAGACAGUUGCUUCAUGUGCGGCCUGGCCAUCUUCGUGCCUCUCUUGAACUGGUACGCCGUCCUGAAGACCAGGGGGAAAGUACGGGAGAAACACGGCAUACCUGGGAGCACUGGGAAGGACGCCCUGGCGAGCUGCUGUGCGGUCUGCUCCAUCGCACAGCAGAAAGCUCAGAUGCAAGUCACUGCCGUGGGGACGGGUGAGUCUAUGGCGAGGUGUUAA